GUGUCACAGGAAGUGAUUUUAAUAUGACCUUGAAUUUAUCAGAAUACGUAUCACGAGUGGAAACAGCAUGGCGAAUAAAGAUCCAGGCGGUUUACUUCAGCAGCUCCGGCAGAUCGCUGGCAGAAUGUCUGCCGGUGGUCCUAAAGGAGCAGGCCUUGGCGUCAAACUGCUCAUUGGAGCCGGAGCCCUGGCCUAUGCUGUCAGAGAGGCGACGUACACAGUGGAAGGAGGGCAGAGAGCCAUCGUCUUUAACCGCAUUGGAGGGAUGCAGAUGGAUACAGUCCUGUCAGAGGGUCUCCACUUCAGGAUCCCUUGGUUUCAGUACCCCAUCAUCUAUGACAUCAGAGCAAGACCUAGGAAGAUUGCUUCCCUAACAGGAAGCAAAGACCUGCAGAUGGUGAACAUCUCGCUGCGUGUGUUGUCCCGGCCACUGGCCUCCAACCUGCCCUUUCUCUAUCAGCACCUGGGCAAGGACUACGAUGAGCGGGUGCUCCCCUCCAUCGUCAACGAGGUGCUCAAGAGUGUGGUGGCAAAGUUCAACGCAUCCCAGCUCAUCACGCAGAGAGCGCAGGUUUCCCUCCUGAUCCGCCGCGAGCUCUUUGAGCGAGCCAAGGACUUCAACAUCAUCCUGGAUGAUGUGGCUAUCACAGAGCUUAGCUUCAGCAAAGAGUACACAGCCGCCGUGGAGGCCAAGCAAGUUGCCCAGCAGGAAGCUCAGAGGGCACAGUUCUAUGUUGAGAAGGCCAAGCAGGACCAGAGACAGAAGAUCAUCCAGGCUGAAGGAGAGGCUGAGGCUGCUAAACUGCUGGGGGAGGCCGUUACCAAGAAUCCGGGUUACCUAAAACUCCGGAGGAUCCGCGCUGCCCAGAACAUCGCCAAGACGGUGGCUACAUCACAGAACAGAGUGUACCUCAAUGCUGACAGCCUGGUGCUGAACCUCCAAGAUGACAAUUUCAACAAUUUGUCGUUGGGGAAGUGAAUGGAGACCUCGUCCUUCAGAGAGCGAGGGAGUUUCAUGCAUUCCACACGUUAACCAUCGCCGCCACCAGAACUCCUGACCCCCCCCCCCCCCCCCCGUUUGAUUUCUACUCAGCCACUCAAGCAGCGUCUCCUCUCUGCAGUGCCUGUCCUUGAGUGUGUGUGUGCGUCUCCUCUCUGCAGUGCCUGUCCCUGAGUGUGUGUGUGUGUGUGUGUGCCCCUGGGCUCUGGGAACAUGGACUUGGGUGGCCUUAACAACAUCAGAACAGUGUGUUUGCCCCCCCCCCCCCCCUCCUCUGCCCUCUCCCAUCCUCCCUCCUUCUAUUCAGCACCCCUACCCUUAGGAGCAGUCUUUUGUUAAGCAUUGAUGGCAUCUUUGCUCAGAGUGGACAGUGAAGGUCAGAAUUUUUUUUUUUUUUUUUAGAUGAAGAUACCUCAACGAAUCACUGUCAUGUAGAACCAUCUCUGCAAUUUCAUGUACAUGCAUAUCUGUAUUUGUUUAGCUCUCUCUAAAGCCUGUUGUCAGGGCAGUGUGUGUGUGUGUGUGAGAGAGUGGUGUAAAUCAUUUGAACUCUUCUUAAGAGUAGGCUCCUGUGAGCGACCGGGUCCAGUUCAUCAGGAACUCGAACUAGACACUGAACACACAACCAGAGGCCACUGACAGCAAGAGUUUGUGUUUACACUUUGGCCGCAUUUGUGUUCUCAUGUGUCUCAAGGUGGCGUAAAGCAUGUGUGUUUUUUGGGGUGCAGGAGUUGGGUAGUGUAAUAAGAGCACACAAACAGAAUUUUGAUUAAAUGUUUAUUUUGGAGUGAAGAAGUGAAUAUGUGGUUCUUUGAGAAUCAAGGGGUGGUGUUGGGAAGAAAGUGUUCAUCUCGGGCCGUAUAUUUCUUAUAUUUACUAAAACGAAGGCAAUACUUCACCACAAACUCAAACCAAAAUCAAUAAAGAAUGAUGUUUUAUUCUGUA